AUGUCAUCCUCGCUCCUCAUUGCCCGCUUCGACCCAACGCUAACGUACCUUGCGCUGGCUGUCCAGGCAUUGGAUGUCCACCAAGUGAAAGUGCAAUCGCUCAUCUCAUCGCAGGAUCUGAUCAAUGCUCUGAUAAAUCUUGGGAAGAAUCAGAAGAUCUCAAACUUGCAAUGGGUCAGUGCCAACAAAUUGUCUCUCAUAGCUUUAUGCCUAACCAACGGUACCAUUGCACUUUACCUGCCGGUGUCGAACUCCAUUGUGGCCGAAUUGGAGUGUCCUUCUAGCUUGCAGGUGACGGACUUUCACUUUUCCGAGGCCACCCAAACCGGAUGGUCUGCUGAUAUUGGAGGUAACAUUUAUGAAUGGGACAUGCAAACAAAUCAGUUGUUGCUGAAAACAGCGCUUUUUGACCUCCUCGAGUUGGCUGAAUCCGUGUCAAGAUUAUCCUCUGUAUCCUACAACCGUGAGCCCCAUCUUCUCGUGGCGACUCAGAAUGUAUACUUGAUUCAUCCUAGAACACACACUGUGGUGAAAUCUUUCCAUGCACACGUACUGCCGAUACACUCGCUUUUCCCAGUCCGUGGGCUUCCAGAUGUCUUCGUCACUGCUGCAGAAAACGAUCGUUUUGUUAACAUCUACUCCAUAUCGCAAGGCUCGACAAAAGCUGUUCUUGUAGCAGAAGCCUCCACUGAACAUGUUGCUUUGGCUAGACACGAUGCCAAGGGCUCUAUAUUGGCUGCGGUGACUGAGUCUGGCGUAGUGGAAGUGUUUAAAGAUCCUCUCACUUUCGAGAGCAAUGGCCCCACAUCUACCCCAGAUAAGUCCAAAAAGAAACGGAGGCAGCAGUCGAAGAACGCUCAAAGCAGACACUCGGACGCAACGCUCAAGUUCAGUCGUCCCGAUGGUGAGGUCAGCAACCCAGACGACGAAACCCUACACAUCAACGCUGUCGCAGCGUCGAAUAGCGUUUUACACGUUACAUGGCUCGAGAAUGCAUCUGUCUCAUAUUUCGAUGCUUUACCCUGGCACAAUGACGCCGGCUUUGCAUUUGAAGGCUUUCAGAAACUUGCUAAAUCGAAACAAAAGAUCCGUGCUACUGCUCACAGCACUGAUGGCCAUGAUGUGGCGGCUCCUAAGCUUUACCAGGAGCACCACACCGUUAUCACAGAGGGCAAUGCUUUUCAAGAGGAUGUAGACGAAGACGAAGAUGAGGAAACGUUAGCAGAAAAGAUGAACAAACUUUCAGAACAACUGAGGCAAAUGGAGAGCAGGAACAAGAAGAAACUCAAGCGUCACACCCCUGGUUCUCUAGCAGUUGUUUUGUCACAAGUGUUGAAGAACAACGAUAAUUCUAUGCUCGAUGAGGCAGUCCUUGUAAAUAGGGACCCAACGAUUGUUCGCAACACGAUUGCCAGAUUGGAUCCAUCCUUGGCGGUGGUCUUUUUGGACAGGCUUGCCGAGAGACUCACGCGAAACCAGGCUCGUCUGGAGCAAUUGUAUUUUUGGAUCAAGUGGGUAAUUGUUAUUCAUGGAAGUGUGUUGGCGUCAAUACCGAACAUCAGCAACAAGUUGACAAGCUUACACUCGAUCUUGACCAAAAAAGCCGACACUUUACCCCGUUUGCUCGAGUUGCAAGGAAGACUCAGCUUGCUACAGUCGCAAAACACUUUGAAGAAAGAGAUCCUCAACGGUUCUGUGGCCGGUGAAAAUGAAGAAGGAGAAGAAGAGGUGGAGUAUAUCGAGGAGCUAGACGACGCUGAACACGCUGGUUUGAUCAGCGACGAAGACGAUGAGAUGAUGGAGAUGGACGGUGAGGACGACUAUGAAAACAGCGACGAGGAACUCAUGGAAGACGAACAGGAGAACGAUAUGACGGACGGUGAAGCUUAA